AUGGGGCAAACAUUGAGUGAGCCUAUUGUAGAAAAGCGUUCUCAGAAAGGAGGUGAUGAUACAUUGUUAUUUGGUGUGUCAGACAUGCAAGGAUGGCGUAUUUCUAUGGAAGACUCUCAUGCUGCAGUACUUCAGUUAAACAGUGGUUCUGGGAAGGAUAAAGUGAGUUUUUUUGGUGUAUAUGAUGGGCAUGGGGGGGACGCUGUGGCUCAAUUUAGUGGAGAACAUGUUCAUCGGAUUAUAUCUCAAGAUACUUCUUUUAUUGCAGGGGAUUAUGAAAAGGCAUUAAAAAAUGGUUUUUUAAAUACAGAUAAAGCAAUUCGCGAAGAACCGCGAUUUAAGGAAGAUCCAUCCGGCUGUACAGCUUCUGUUGUAUUAAUAACUGGUGAUGGGCGUGUUUUUUGUGCGAAUGCGGGAGAUUCAAGAUCUGUUCUUUGUGUUAGAGGAGAAGCAAAACCUUUAUCAUUUGAUCAUAAACCUCAAAAUGAAGUGGAAAAGGCAAGAAUUUGUGCUGCGGGCGGAUUUGUUGACUUUGGGCGUGUAAAUGGGAAUCUUGCUUUGUCUAGGGCUAUCGGUGAUUUUGAAUUUAAGAAGAAUGCAGAUUUGCCACCGGAACAACAGAUUGUUACAGCAUAUCCUGAUGUGACAGAGCAUCAGUUAGAUGAGGAUGAUGAGUUUCUUGUGCUUGCAUGUGAUGGUAUUUGGGAUUGUCAAACGUCUCAAGCUGUCGUAGAGUUUGUAAGAAGAGGAAUUUCUGCCAAGCAGGAAUUGCAUAAAAUCUGUGAAAAUCUCAUGGAUAAUUGUUUAGCGAGUAGUAGUGAAACAGGAGGAUUAGGAUGUGAUAAUAUGACAGUAAUUAUUGUCGGAUUUCUUCAAGGGAAAACGAAGGAAGAAUGGUAUGACAUGAUUGCAAAACGUGUUGAAAAUCAAGAUGGACCCUGUGCGCCACCGGAAUAUGCAGAAUUUCGUGGUUCAGGAUACGAAUAUGGUCAUUGGAAUCAUAAUCAAGUAGAGAAUUCUUAUGAAGAAAAUGAAGAAGAUGAAACGAAUAAUGAAACAAGUGUACCUUUUGAAAAAUCAUGGAUUUGGUCAUCUCAAUCGGAUUUUAGUUUUGGAUGA